CCUUUCGGCGCUGAUUGUCAGCUUCAAUUUAGGCGCUUCCGAGAACUAGUCUGCGCAGUAAAUGAUACAGCCAGGUACAGCUACCCCGACUUAUAUAUUAAAAUGCACAAGAAUCUAUUCUAAAUGUUAAAUCUACGAUUAAAUGUCCUAAAUGUUGAAUUAAUUAUCUUAAACUUUGAACUAAACUGCAGAUUUCAAAUUAUUUAAAAUGUCACUAGAGUGAAGCCACAUGAUAGAGUGACUAGAUGAAAUAUUUUAAAGAUCAACGAUUUUAUCAUUUUCUAAACGGUCUACCCCUUAGAACAAAGGUCUACCCAUAUUUCUACGAUUUUUAACUUUAAUUUGAGUUGUGUCUCAUUUAAAUCAAUGCAACUUUAAGAAUUUUAAUUUGUGUCGCUCAGUACGCGAAACGAUCAAGUGAAUAUAUUUAUUUCGAAAAAUAGAUUGAGUACGAGACUUUUAUAAUUAGAACUUCUUUACUAACGUUUUGGCUUUCUUAUAUUAGCAAUCGUUUCGUGCGAAAAUGUACGGAUGAAUUUUCAUAAAUUUCAAUACGGCAUGGCCGCAGCCUGGCGGGAAUAACGAUACGUGCGAGUGUGCGAGCGCCAUGUCGUUUUAUGGGUAAUUUUGUUUCGUACACUUCGUACACUUCGUAUGUUAUUCCAUUAUGAUGCGAUAAUGGAAUAAAUGGAAGUAACGUUCUCGUUCGUCAGAGUGACAAAUCGUUCAUACGGGAUAUCGUUUAAUACGCGACUAGCAUUGUGAACGCGUUCCUGUGAAAAGGCGACGAUUCUUUUAGCGGCACUCUCCGCCAUUAUUGGCGUGUGCACGGCGUACAACAAAGUUUUCUUUCGUUUGUAGGGCCGAAACUACACUUGUAUCCUGGAGAGUUUAAUCGUAUUAUGAUGGCACGCAGUCGUAAAGAUAGUACAGGCAAAAGUGACUCAGAAGUCACCGAUAAAGAAAAUAAGAGGGAACGCGGCAGAGACAAAGAGAGGAAGAAGCGAGCUGCUUCUACAUCGAGCAGCGGCAGCAGUUCUUCUGAUAGCAGCUCAGGCUCCUCAUCCAGUAGCAGUGGAAGCAGUUCCAGAUCCAGUUCUACUUCUAGCAGUACCUCUAGUAGUUCAGCGAGUUCUUCAGGAAGCUCUAGAGAUAGGGGAAGGAAGAGAAGCAGGAGCAAAAGCAUAGAUGCUUCGCGAAGACAUGAUACUAAGGAAAAGGAAAGAGAGAAGGAAAGAGAAAGGGAAAGAGAUAGGGACAGGGACAGAGAUAGAGACAGGGAAAAGGAUAAAAAGAAGAGCAGUAAUUCUGUGAUCGACAAACCUAAACCCAAAGGACGCUCUAGAUCACCCUCGCCACGUAGAAAACGGAGGGAGAGAUCACCGAUUCCUAGACCGACGAAGAUACACAUUGGACAUCUUACCCGUAACGUCACUAAAGAACACAUUAUGGAAAUCUUUUCGACGUACGGUCAGAUAAAAAUGGUCGACUUCGCCAUGGACAAGCUUCACCCGAAUCAAGGCCGAGGCUUCGCUUAUGUGGAAUUUGAAACAGCCGACGAGGCUGAGAACGCGAUGAAACAUAUGGAUGGUGGACAAAUAGAUGGUCAAGAGAUCACAGCUGCUCCAGUAUUACUACCGAAACCACGGCCAAUACCAAUGCGUAGGAUGUCGCCUUUAAUGGGAAGAAGAGCACCGCCACGGUGGGGCGGUGGCGGUAGGAACACACCACCGCGUUAUCGCAGGCGUUCGCCGCCGAUGAACCGUCGUCGAAGCCCGCGUCCACCGAGACGUAGGCCUAGGACUCGCUCGCGAAGUCCACCGAACAAUCCACGGCAUCGGCAUCGUCGUUAUACGAGAUCAAGUUCGAGCAGCUCACGAUAGCAAUCUUUUUUGUACAUAUUAAAUACGAACUGUGAAUUCUGACCAAACACAGUAUCUAAUCCUGGUUGGUCGUCUUAAUAUAUUAAGCAACACAAUUUUUACCGAUUCAAAUAUAUUGACAGGGAAGUGUAUGCACUCAACUAAAACAAAAACAAAAGAGUAGACGGUUUCGUGACCGCGUCUUCUUCAUGAGUUAAUCAGAAUAAAUAUUGUCGAUCAUGAUUCAAUCGCCGUUCGUGCGAAGUUAUCUUUUUGAAAUACAUCAAUUUCACACGUGA